AUGACAACUCGCAGCCGUUCUGAUUCGGAAAAAUCCAAUUUGGAAAAGACAGUGGAAGAUCAUGGUGUUACUCUGUUGAAGGUUGAUGCGUUUAUGCAAAAGUCUGAGCAAACUUUUGCAAACAUGAAUGCCAAUGUUCAAGCGAUUUUGGCAAAAUUGAAUGGAGAAUCAAUCAGUAAAACAGUCAAUAAUACAGGGUUUAAUCUGAAUAAUGGCAAUAGAAAUGAAAGAUUACACAGAAUUGGAAAGAUUGAUUUCCCAAAGUUUGAUGGAAGUGAAGUUGAUGAUUGGGUUUAUAGAUGUGAACACUUCUUCAAUGUAGACGAGACUCCAGAGAAUUUCAAGACCAAACCGGUGCCAAUUUCACAAAUAACCUGGAAAGAGUAUUCAGAAGCCAUUGUUUCUCGAUUUUCAUCAGUUCUGUUUGAAGAUGCUAUGGAUACACUUACUUCUCUGUCACAGACAGGAUCCUUAGAAGACUUUUGUGGCCAAUUUGAUGCUUGUCUUCUUAAGGUGACAAUACCGGAAUCAUAUGUUGUUAGCAUCUUCUUAAAGGCGAUUAAACCGGAGAUUGGUGGACUAGUGAGAAUGUUCCAACCAAAAACUAUGAAGGAAGCGUUUUAUCUAGCAAAAAUUCAGAACACAACGAAUACAUUAGUGGCUAGCAGCAGGUAUAAUUCUAGUAGUCAUUCUAGUGCUAAUAAGAAUGCCCCACCUGCUACUAAGAAACUGCAGAACACUAAACAAAUAUCUAGUAAAGAAAUUGAAGCAAAGAGAGCUAGGGGAGAAUGCUUUUGGUGUCCACUUGGACACAAGUGUCCCAAUAAACAGAUAUUUGUUUUGGAGGUAAUUGGUAUAGAUGAGGAUAGUGAUAAGUUGGAAGUGGUAGAACAUAUUGAACCUCAUGAUUGGCCUGAUCCUCAUAUAUCGAUACAUGCAUUAACUGGAAUGCAAGCCUUUUCUACGAUGAAAGUUCUGGGUACAAUAGGUAAUAUACAACUUAGGAUAUUGAUUGAUUCGGGUUCAACCCAUAAUUUCUUGAGUGAAAGAUUGGCAAAGAAGUUGAAGUGUCAUUUUAAGUCAAUUGAUAAAAUGACAGUGGGGGUGGCUAAUGGAACUGAGAUUAAUUGUACAAACUAUUGUCCUAAUUUUCAGUGGUAUAUGCAAAAUUUAUGGUUCACAACUGAUGUUUUGUGGUUGUUAACCUUGGGGUCCAUUAUAUGGAAUUUUGUGGAUAUGACAAUGCAAUUCAGCAUUGGUAAUACUCAGUGUAAACUCAAAGGGGUUGACAGCAAUGAAAUGACUUUGUGUUCCGUAAGUUCUAUGAACAAUUUGUUGGGUCAAGAAAAGAAAGUUAUAGAGGCUUAUUUGUUCAGUAUGCAGCUGCAAUCAGCUGAGAGUGAGUUCCAACAUGGGACCAAGGUCUUAAAUGUGAUAGGAAGUAAAGAUUUGCAAGCAUUAUUAACUGAGUAUGAAAAUGUCUUUCAAGUUCCUUUUGCCUUGCCACCAAAAAGGGAGUUUGACCAUAGAAUUUUAUUGAAGGAUGAAGCUAAAGUGGUGAAUUUGAAGCCUUAUAGAUAUCAGUCCACUCAAAAGGAUGUUAUAGAACAGUUAACUAAGGAAUUGGUAGAGACUGGUGUGGUGAGGGACAGUUCUAGUCCAUUUGUUGCACCAGUGGUUUUGGUUAAAAAAAAAAAAGACGGGUCUUGGAGAUUCUGUAUUGACUACAGGAAGCUCAAUGAGGCGACUAUAAAGAAUAGCUAUCCAAUUCCACUAGUUGAGGAGCUGUUUGAGGAAUUGGGAAGAGCAGUGGUUUUUUCUAAAGUGGACAUAAGGGCAGGAUAUCAUCAGAUUCGGAUGCAUGAGGAUGACAUUCAAAAGACUGCAUUCCGAACUCAUGAAGGCUUGUUUGAGUUUGUAGUAAUGCCUUUUGGGCUUACAAAUGCCCCGGCCACAUUCCAAGCUUUGAUGAAUCAUUCUUUCAAGGAAUUUAUGAGAAAGUUUGUUCUAGUCUUUUUUGAUGACAUCUUGGUUUAUAGUGACUCACUGGAUUUACACUUAAUUCAUCUCAGACAAGUUUUGGAAAUUCUUAGAAGUCAACAAUUGUAUGCAAAAAAAUCUAAGUGUAUAUUUGGAGGUUCAUCAGUGGAAUAUUUGGGCCAUAUCAUAUCGAAUAAAGGGGUCUCAACUGAUCCUAAGAAGCUGGAAGCUAUAAGAGAGUGGCCUGUUCCGUCCAAUGUGAAACAGUUAAGAGGUUUUCUGGGCUUAACUGGAUACUACAGGAGAUUCAUAAAAUCAUACGGGUCACUUGCUAAACCUCUCACUGAUCUUUUAAAGAAAGAUUCGUUUGUGUGGAGUGAAAAUGCUGAGUUAGCUUUUAAUCGAUUGAAAGAAGUGUUGAGCAGUCCUCCUGUCUUAGCUUUACCUGAUUUUACAAAGCCCUUCAUUAUAGAGACGGAUGCUUCAGGGAAGGGAAUUGGGGCAGUUUUAAUGCAGCAAGGGCAUCCUAUUGCAUUUAUUAGUAAGACAUUAUCAACAUAA